CAGGACCACUGCGGGACCCGAGCGGGCGGCGGCCGAGGGCAGCGGGUCUCCAGGGUCCUCCGCCUCCUCACACGGCUCGGGUGGCGGCUUCGGCCCCGCGGGCUUAGGCCCUCGACAUGGACUCGCAGAAAAUUCUUCAGGAAUCCCAAAAGAGGGGCUGAAGAGAUGGUUCAUUGGUUAAGAAAGAGUACUUGCUGCUCUUCCAGAAAACCAAGUUUGUUUCUGAACACCCACGUGGAAGCUCUACAAAGGAUCAUUUCAACUUUGGCAAAUAAAAAUGAUGAAAUUCAGAACUUUAUUGAUACACUAAAUCACACACUGAAAGGAGUUCAGGAAAAUUCUUCUAACAUACUUUCAGAGUUAGAUGAAGAAUUCGAUAGUUUGUACUCUAUAUUGGAUGAUGUAAAAGAAAGUAUGGUUAACAGCAUCAAGCAGGAGCAAGCUCGCAAAUCACAGGAGUUGCAGAGCCAGCUUAGUCAAUGUAAUAAUGCCCUGGAGAACUCGGAAGAGCUGCUAGAAUUUGCUACAAGGUCAUUAGAUAUAAAGGAACCUGAAGAAUUUUCAAAGGCUGCCAGACAGAUCAAGGAUAGAGUCACAAUGGCUUCAGCCUUUCGCCUUUCUUUGAAACCAAAGGUCAGUGAUAACAUGACUCAUUUGAUGGUGGAUUUCUCUCAGGAAAGACAGAUGCUGCAGACUUUGAAGUUUUUGCCAGGUAAAUACAUGCAUUACAUGGGAGCUUUUAAAUACAAAUUUUUUUAUUGUUAA